CCCCGCGAGUCGCUGGGGGAAGUGGGGCAGAGACCGGACGCACCCGGCGCUCAGAGCGCAGGAGCCUCAAGUCGGCGCCCGGCACAGCGGAGUCCGCAGACCGGAGCCGGGGCCUGGAGGGUGGACGAGCUCCCGGAGGCUCUGUUCCCGAAGGGGAGGACCAUGGCCUUCCUGCGGCUCAGCCGGCGGCUGGCCUGCGCCUGGCAAAACAACCACCGCCUGUUCGCGCCCGGCUCCCGACACAUUAGUCAGGCCGCAGCCAAAGUCGACGUUGAAUUUGAUUAUGACGGGCCCCUGAUGAAGACAGAAGUCCCAGGGCCUAGAUCUCGGGAGUUAAUGAAACAGCUGAAUAUGAUUCAGAACGCAGAUGCCGUGCAUUUUUUCUGCAAUUACGAAGAGAGCCGAGGCAAUUACCUGGUCGAUGUGGAUGGCAACCGGAUGCUGGACCUUUACUCCCAGAUCUCCUCUGUCCCCAUAGGCUACAGCCACCCUGCUCUCCUGAAGCUGGUCCAACAGCCUCAAAACGCGAGCACGUUCAUCAACAGACCUGCCCUGGGAAUCCUCCCUCCGGAGAACUUUGUGGAGAAGCUCCGGGAGUCCUUGCUCUCUGUGGCUCCCAGAGGAAUGUCCCAGCUCAUCACCAUGUCCUGCGGCUCCUGCUCCAACGAGAAUGCCUUUAAGACCAUCUUCAUGUGGUACCGGAACAAGGAAAGGGGCCAAACAGGUUUCUCCAAAGAGGAGCUGGAGACGUGCAUGAUCAACCAGGCCCCCGGCUGCCCCGAGUACAGCAUCCUCUCCUUCAUGGGCGCAUUCCACGGGAGGACCCUGGGAUGCUUAGCCACCACGCACUCCAAAGCUAUUCACAAGAUCGACAUCCCUUCCUUCGACUGGCCCAUCGCACCGUUUCCACGGCUGAAAUACCCCCUGGAGGAGUUUGUAAAAGAGAACCAGCAAGAGGAGGCCCGCUGUCUGGAAGAGGUGGAGGAUCUGAUCGUGAAGUAUCGGAAGAAGAAGAAGACGGUGGCGGGGGUCAUCGUGGAGCCCAUCCAGUCCGAGGGCGGGGACAACCAUGCGUCCGACGACUUCUUCCGGAAGCUGAGAGACGUCUCCAGGAAGCACGGCUGUGCCUUCCUAGUGGACGAGGUCCAGACCGGAGGGGGCUGCACCGGCAAGUUCUGGGCCCACGAGCACUGGGGCUUGGCUGACCCCGCGGACGUGAUGACCUUCAGCAAGAAGAUGAUGACCGGGGGCUACUUCCACAAGGAGGAGUUCAGGCCCAACGCCGUGAGUAGCAGCCCUGCUCUCCUCUUCUUGCUCAGGACCCUCCUUUCUCCAAACCAGGAGCUCAGUGGCCACCUAACGGCCCAUGCCGCAGGCGACCCUGCGGGCCUCAGAAGUGGUCUCCGGUGCUGCAGCAGCAGGACUGACACCGACUUCCCGGUGAGGUAUCUGAGACAUGAGCAGUUAUGCUUGUCCAGUAACUUCCAUACGGCGGCCCUGGGGUUGGGACUGAUUCUGGUGGACUUGAGAGUCCACGUUCUGUGCCAGCGGUUACCUCCUGAUGUGAUCAAGGACCUAGCCCUUCUCCGCUGCCAGAGACGCCGGCUUGUCCCCCCGCUGCAGGCCCGGUACCCCCAGUUCAUCAGCAGGGUGAGAGGACGGGGCACCUUUUGCUCCUUCGACACUCCAGACGAGUCCAUACGGAAUAAGCUGGUUUCAAUGGCCAGAAACAAAGGCGUGGUGUUGGGAGGCUGUGGGGACAGAUCGAUCCGGUUCCGCCCCACUCUGGUCUUCAGGGACCACCACGCGCACCUGUUCCUCAACAUCUUCAGCGAUAUCUUAGCCGACUUCAAGUAACGAAGCCGUCUCCACUGCGCCCGAGACAGCCCCGGUCUCAACAGUCGUCAACCGAUUAGUUUGCCUAAUUCAUGUUUUCACUUAAAGGAUCAGAGGCGAA